AUGGCUGAUGCUACUCUGCUAAUUGAAAAUCAUUUUCUCAUAUUUCAGGGUGGUCAUAUUAUCUUCUUCCAGAGCCUUAGUCUUCUAGGUUAUUGUCUAUUCCCUAUAGACAUCGGUGCCUUAAUCUGCAUGCUGAAAGACAGUGUGAUGGUUAAAAUGGUAGUAGUGACUGCUUUGGCUUGGAGCUCUUGGGCUGCAUAUCCAUUCAUGAGUACUGAUGUCAACACAAGGAGGAAAGCGCUUGCACUUUACCCUGUGUUACUGAUGUACAUCUCUGUCGAUUUUCUUAUCAUGGCCAUCGACUGA